CGUUUCGUCAUUGUCAUCUUUUUCGUUGUUCUUCUCUCUAGUCAUCAGCUCAUUGAAAAGCUAUACUAAACUGUUACUCGCAGAUUUUCUCCAAUUAUCCAAUCGUUUCUCGAAUUCAUACUGAUAAAUCAAUUUUUUUUUUUUUUUGUGAAAGAGAUUUCAGUUUUCCGCAAAUGCUGCUUCAGACGCAAUUUCUUGCGACUCAUUUUGCGCCUUCGGUCACUUCCUCAAAACCCUUAAAAGAAACCCAGAUUGGUGCAUUCUGUUCUCCAAAACGGGUUUGGUUGCGGAAUUCUUCAUUUAAGAGUUUGAAAUGCUCGCUUUCGACUUUAUCAGAGCCAUCCCAGUUGGAAUUGAGGAGUCAUAAGCCGUUUCCUGCUGAAGUUUCAAGGACUAUAAUGGAGUUGGCCACUGCAGGCACUCUUUCUACAUUGAGUCAAGAGGGUUGGCCCCUAGGUAUCGGCGUGCGAUUCGCAGUUGACCCGGAAGGGACUCCUGUAUUGUCCUUGAACGCUAUCAAUAAGCACUUCUCUUUUGACCCGAGGGUGAGCCUUCAUGUUCAGUUAACGCAGUCUGGAUUACGGACUCCCCAGUGUACCCUACAAGGGACCGUUAACAAGCCAGAGGAUAGAGUCCUGAUGAAGCGUCUUAUUUCGUUAUGGAAAAGGAGGUUUGGUGAAGAAGUCAACAAAGAUUUGGUUUACAUUGUUGCUGUAGAGAAGGUCCUGCAGAUGGAAGAUUUCAAGGAGGAUGGCGAAUGGGUGAGAUCCUCAGAUUAUAAAAACGCGCAACCUGAUCCUCUUCGAGAUUGUGCAGAGAAGUUGGUGGAUGAAGUUAACACAAACAACAUGGAAGAUAUUACUCGCUUUUGCAAUGUAUAUGUUGAUUUGGAUUUUCAGGUCUCCGAGGCAAAGAUGAUAUGGGUUGACCGCCUGGGCUUUGACAUGCGUCUCAGCUCCCCUGAGAAAGGCAUGUUCGAGGUGCGCAUUCCUUUUCCCAGAGAAGUCAUCGAUGAAAAAGGUGCCAAGUCAACAUUCAAUUGUAUGUCACAAAUGGCAUGGGAGGUGGAAAAAAACUUCCAUGCUCCAGAUUUUGAGAAGGUUAAACGUUUGAAGCAAAUAAAGUCCUGAUUCUUCAUUUUAGUUGAUUUUGAUUACCCAUUCUUAAAUCCUUUAUCAAAUACCCCCCACUUAUUAAAAUUGUAAUCUACCAAGACAGUUUACGUGUUUAUUGUGUAAUGAUUCAUUCAAGGCUUUUGAUGCUCAGAUUAUUAUGGACUGGCUGCUAAACCCAAUCUAGUUGGCGCUUGUAUUUUUCUUUU